UUCUACGUACCUGUAGUCUAUGCUCGCUCAAGUGCCGCCAUCUUUUUAUUGGCAAAAUAAAAUUUUCAAAUUUGUAUUGUUUUACAUAUUCCGAAUUGUUCGCUCAUUGACAUAACUAAAGUGAAUUGUUACUAUAAUAUUCUGUUGCUAAUUAAUUGGUGAAACCUCCAUCGCAAUGGGCAAACCAUCGUCUACCUCACUUACUGUUAGUUAAACUUUUAUAAUUUAUCGUUCCGAGUUCCGUUUGUUGUUUAUAAACAACUGGUACAAGUAUGUUAUCAUCAAAUUAUUAAGCAUGAAAGGCUUUACAAGGGGAAAACGCUGCUUUGUGAAGAAGGUUCCUAGUAAAAACUCCGAAUGCUCACUCCAUUCAAGUUCAAGUAAACAGAAAAAUAAGGUAACAAUGAGUGCUCACAAAAUGGAACAAUUGAAGAAAAAAAAUCACAACAAUGUAAAGAAAAAUAUAAAGAAGUUAUUCAAUAAACUUAAGAGGGACUCUGAGGUUUCAUUGAGGGACACAAGUACAUCACUAGACACAACUCCAAGCAAUCUCACCAUUGUAGUUAAAAAUGACUCAUUUGUGCCUAAACAAAAACGGAAAAGCUCCACUGUUGUCAGUGAACCAGCAAGAGCUCGGAGAAAGAGUGAUAGUCUUAUUGUCAUAAAUGAUGACAAUUCCACAACCAAUGACUCCUGCAUUCUAAUAUCACCUCCAAGGAACAAUUCUAAUAUAAACUGUUCCACUCCCAUUGCUAGAAGAGACAGCCAAACCUUAAAGAACAUGAUUAUCAACAACUUUCCAAAAAACAAUAAUACUUCUAUACCAAAUCGUAAUAGAGAAUCCAAUGUUACGAAAGAAAUAAACGUUGAUUCUUAUUUAACCAUAGAUUUAACAGCUGAUAGUGAGAAUAAAGCAAGUACCAUUAUUGAUGUUGAAAAAUGUGACGAUACAAAUGAUAGUCAAGACUGUACCGUAGUGUCCGUAUCUAAUGCUAGUCUAUCAAUGAGUGGGGACUCAGAUGUUACCGUUCUACAAAAUAAUGCUAAAAGAAAGGAUAAGCAAAUUAAGCGCUUUGCCAAUGGGAUAGCUCAGUUAAAUGCGUCAGAGAAAGGGAAGCUGUUGGAAUACAUUGCUCAAAAGAUUUUUAACGGAUGUAAUAUGAAUAGUGAGAAUCAGACUGGCUUGUCUAAUGUUAAGCAAUCCAGGGCAGUUGAAACUGACGAAGAUGUCUACAUCAAAGAGGUUAUACUCGGGGAGUCUAAAACAGAGAAUAUAAAUGGAUGCCAUUCCAGAAACAGUAUUGGGAGCAAUAUUUACCAUCCAAAGACAGAUGUCAAGAACAGAACGGGUUUACGAAUGAUUGUUAUUGAUGGCAGUAAUGUAGCUAUGGAGCAUACUCGAGGAAGAAUGUUUUCAGUGGAAGGCUUGAAGAUAUGUAUAGACUACUUCCUAAGGCGCGGCCACAAUGUUAAGGCGUUCGUGCCUAGGUUCAGGUGUAAAUACGGGAAAAGCUCCGAUCCGGCACUAUUGGACACGUUGGAGAGACAAGGCUUGGUGAUAUACACGCCUUCGAGGGAGAUUAAAGGAAGAUCAUGUGUGCCAUACGAUGAUAGGUACAUAAUACAAUGUGCAGCAGAAUUCGACGGCGUCAUCGUUUCCGGCGAUAAUUACAGGGACUUAAUAAACGAGAAUCCAAGAUGGAGAUAUAUUAUAGAAAACAGAGUCCUGCCCUUCACAUGGGUCAAUAACAUGAUAAUGUUCCCGAAAGACCCCUUCGGUAGGGGCGGGCCCACUCUAGAGACCUUACUUAAACACCCUGUAUCAUCAACAGUCUCCAAUAUACAGUGAAAAUAAGACUGUUGGAGUUGUGGAAGCAAGACUGUGUCUUACAGGGCGUAGACCAGCGCCUCGUUCACACAAACUCGAUAAAACAGUGUAAUGCCAUAAUAAAAUAAACCCUAUGUUCCUUGUUUUAACGUUCAUCUUGAUUUACAAUUAUUUUGGUUUAGAAAUAUUCAUUUUGUUUGUCUCAUUCUUACGUAAACUGUGACAGAAUUAAGGUAACUUUAACUAUUAAUACUGAAGGUAAAUGUGUCUGUGAUAAUUGUAUUAACUUAAAUAAGACCUAACGCGAUAUCCUCUGUCCUGUUUUUACAAUAUUUAUCAGAAAGAGACAAAGAUGUACUGAAUAAUAUUAUGUUGCAAUCAGUUUUCGUCAGGUGGUAUUUAACAGAGAAAAAAUGCUGACAAUUUUUGUGUGGAAAAUUGCCAGCUUUUGUAUGCAAUUUUAUGUUAUAUACCAUGUGAUCGAUCGAUUUAUAAGGCCUGUUCAAACGGAGCUAGAGAACUAUAUAGCUGUGAGCAAACCGAUCGAUAUUUCUCAAGAUCGUCUAAACUUGCCUUAGAUCUGCCUGAAACAAAA